AUGGCCGAAUUAGCGGCACUUGGCGUUGCAGCCAACGUUAUCCAAUUCCUAGAGCUCGGGCUCAGAGUGUCCAUCUCCAUCAUCAGUACAUGUCGCAGUAUCACCGACGGUGGUUUGUUACCACGAUUAGUCCAACUUAAAGCCAUGGCCGAAGAUUUGCAGCGUCGCUGUGUUCAGUUGCAGACAGACGUCACCAUCAAGAUGGAUGACGGCAUGAAGAGCCUUCUGCAGCUUUACACAAAAACUUCGAAAGAACUUGUUAAUGCGGCCAAUGGUCUAACGACUGCUAUCGACUGCAAAUACCCGAGGUUAACGAAGGCCAAACUCCCCGUCAGAGCGUAUUUCAAGGAAAAUAGUAUCAUCGACAUUCAAAAGAGACUACGGGAAAUCAAAGCCGCAAUCUUUGAGGGACUUCAAAUACUUCUGUUAUUAGUUUCCACUCUCUAA